AAUGCUCUUACAUGUGCGAACCCUAAAGUCUCCUCCAAUCAAUUUUCUUCUGCUAUUUUACAGGCCUGUGACGGUGCGACCUCCUAUUUCAUGGAAGAAAGUUCAAGAUUACCGUUGCCGGACGCGUUCCUUGAUUUUCUCCUGGAAAAUGGGCUUGAUCCUUCGAUGUACACUGCAAGGGUUUCGACCCCUCGUUACGUAAGGUUGAAACCUAGUUCUGAAGAUUUUGUUGAAGAGAUUGAAGAUGAGAUGAAAUGCAAGCUUGAGAAAGUGGGUUGGUUACCUGGGUUCUAUUCUCUUCCGCCUGAUAUUCAGAUUGCUAGCUCAAGGGCGUACCGAGAAGGCAAGAUGUACGGAAUUGAUGCGGCCUCUGGAGCUGCCGUCAGAGCACUAGAUGUUUCAGCAGGAGAUCAUGUCCUUGAUCUCUGUGCUGCCCCUGGUGCUAAACUGUGUAUGAUAGCAGAUAUUCUUGGCAAAUCAGGAUCUGUAACUGGAGUUGAUGUUGCAAGCCAACGUAUGGCAGCUUGUAGAACUUUGCUACAGAAAUAUGCGCUGGGUGAUCGAUGCCGACUCUUUGUUGCUGAUGGAACGACAUUUGCCCUCCUUCCUGUGAUGUUUCAUUCAGAUUCAAAAUCAUGUGAAAGUGCAGUGGAAGGAAAGGGAGAUGCAUUCAGGGAGUGGACAUCUAGAAGACCAUAUAAAGAAAGAAAAAAAGCAACUAAAGCUAUGAAAACCAUUUCUUCACAGUUGGUUCGGGCGACUCAAAAUCAACAACUCAUAUUUUAUGGGCGGCAUUCUGGAGUGGUUGGGCUCACUAGAAGUGAAUUAUAUCAACCUGCUUGUGACUGUGAGGUUUCAAGGCGGGGCUAUGACAAGGUCCUUGUGGAUGCAGAGUGCACUCAUGAUGGGUCAAUUAGACAUAUUCAAAAAUUUGAACAAUGGGGUUGGAAAACUCUUCAGCGUCGUGUAUUGGAUGCAGAAAGAACUGAUAGCUUGACUGCACUUCAGUUGAGACUUCUGAGCAAUGGUUUUAACCUGCUAAAAGUUGGGGGAUCACUGGUCUACAGCACUUGCAGUUUAACAGUUGCUCAAAACGAAGAUGUCGUAGAGCAGUUUCUCAAGGAACAUGCUUCUGCUGAGCUGCGGGAGGUGGAGGAUGCCAAAAAUUGGCCUUGCAAGAGCGGGCGGAUACCAAAGACCUUGCGCUUUGACCCUUUGACAUCACAAACUAGUGGACUCUUUGUAGCAAAGUUCAUGAAAUUGGCCAUUUAAUGAGGAGUUUCCUUGGUUGAAUCUAUUGCCCUUGUGGAAAAAAAUUACUCAUUGGCUGCUAACCUGUCACGAAAGGGAUUGAUGUAGUCCUAUAGUAUAAGUUGAACGAUCUAAGACAACAGUUACUUCCUGGGUCACUAGGUUAUUCCUGUACAUUGAUGCUGCCUCAGCUUGCAACAAUGGUCUUGUCGUCCAAGCAUGGGGGAACCUGUAAAAAAACUUCACUUCGACUCUUCCGGAUUUGCAUUUUACAGGCUUCUGAAAGCGGGAGGGCUCAAAUCGGAUUGUAUUCCAAGGGAAGUCCCUGUGGUGUCGUCACUGUCGUGGAAAGUCUCAGUUGCUCGUUCCGAUUAACAGUUGUUGGCUAGAUCCUAUCCGGUAUUAAAAAUUCUAUGUGCAGUUACUUUUACGUACUCUCUGUGCACUCUAUUAAUAUGAUUGGCUGCAUCAUUUUUUUUAAUAAAAAAUAACUGUUUUAGUCAAUUACAUCAAUGAAGUGCGCAAAGAGUAUGUAGAAAUGACUGAAUGUAACAAAACUCAGUUAUCACUACCCUUGACUUUUUACUUAAUAUCUUGUGGUCUUGUUGGUGCUGGUGAUCAAUUUACACUAGAAGAAGAGGUAGAAUGAUAGACAUCCAUGAAUUGAAUUAGUUAAAUCUUAACAUGAAUUAUUUCA